GAUCGCUGAAUAAAAUUUCUCGAUCCUCUUCCCUCGUCAAAGCAAAGUUCAACCUAGCUCUGCUCUCUCUCAAUGGCCACCCCGCCACUGGGAGCAAUGCAGAUGAACGCAAGCUUCGACGGAAAUCCGAUGGCCGCGGCGGCGCCGCCGGCGACGGACAUGACGGGCAUAUGCUUCCGGGACCAGCUGUGGCUGAACAGUUACCCGCUGGACCGCAACCUCGUCUUCGACUACUUCGCCCUCUCUCCCUUCUACGACUACACCUGCAACAACGAGCAGCUGCGGUUGCGAUCCAUUCACCCGCUCGACAUGUCCCAUCUUUCGAAAAUGACGGGCAUUGAAUACGCACUGAGUGAAGUAUUGGAACCUAACCUUUUCGUUAUGCGUAAGCAAAGGAGGGAUAGUCCUGAUAAAGUGACACAUAUGCUAACUUACUAUGUCUUGGAUGGUUCAAUAUACCAAGCGCCACAGUUAUCCAGUGUCUUUGCCGCCCGGAUAGGGAGGGCUCUUUACUAUAUAUCAAAGGCUUUUACCACAGCUGCCUCCAAGUUGGAGAAGAUUGGUUAUGUUGAUGGUGAAGAUGAGAGUUCAGCAUCAGAUUCAAAGGUCACCAAGGAGACCAUAGACAUCAAGGAAGUUAAGCGGAUAGAUCACAUUCUUGCAGCACUACAGCGCAGGCUACCACCAGCCCCUCCGCCGCCACCAUUCCCCGAGGGCUAUACUCCACCAACUACAGAAGCGGAGAAAGGUGCAGAGACUCAGCAAGCAGCAGAAUCAGUACCUCCCAUUGAUCCCAUAAUUGAUCAAGGCCCUGCUAAACGGAUGAAGUUUUGAAAAAUGAAGAGCUGUGCUCCCAGAUUGACAUCACAUAGAAACCUCGGAAGAAAAGCCAUUCUUGUGACCAUCAACUGAACCACACAAUGACUUGGGAAGAGGUCUGUUAGAGUGAGCCGCUCAGCUCUUGCAUUAGACAAAAGAAUGCACAAGUCUUGUUGGUUUCAUUCUUUGUUUUAUCUUGUGUAUUCGUUGUAUGGUGGAUCAACUCGACACAAGCUCAAGUUUUAAUUUGAUCCAUGGAGAAGGAUGAUGAAUGGUA